AUGUCCUCAAUGCCGAACUUCAUCAUCUUCUACACUCUGCCACGGAUGCACGGAGGUGGCUCGAGGUGGACGCGCGAAUGUCUCGAGGACGACUUGCGAGGCUAUUUUAACGGCGGCGUAUGCAGCGCAUCCAACGGCCGGCAGAAGCGCAUGCGGUAUGCGCCGCGGUCCUAUGCAUCCGAUAUCGUCAACAAGUGCGGCAUCAAGAUCGCUGGGUGGCCACAGAACAUACCGUUCACGGACGUCAGCAACAUCGACGGCGGCUCGGCACCGCUGGCUGAGCUUCACCGCAUGUGGAACCUGCCUGCCGGAGACCCCGACAGGUUGCGCUUCGAGCCCGCGUCGCACGAGGACCGC